AUUUUGCCGUCAGCUGUGCACAGUGGCGCGCGUAGUAUAGUCGGUUCGCAGUCGUCGUGUAUUGUGGAUAAACGCGGAUUCGUGCACACAAAUGGCGGCGUCGCAGUGCCAUUAUUAUGAGCGUGAGUGUGUCGUGCAGUAACGCGUACGGGCCGCGUCCGGGCGCGGUGCCUCGCGGCCCAGCCUGACGGCAGGCGUUGGUGAAACGAGCGCGGAAAAGCGAGUGAUAAGCGGAAAAGAUAGAGAAGAAUAGAAUCGAGCGAGAAGGCGCUGCACAUCGUCGUCGCCCGUUGCCGUGUGUCGCGAGAGGCCACAUCGACGACGGAGGCGACGGAGAGUGGUGACAGGAAUUGUGAGACAGGUCCAGAAGAGGAUCGAAAUGCAGGCUGAGUUGAUAUACCGAAAACCGUCGGCGAUGACGAGCCAGGGCGGUUUUCAUUGCGUUAGCAGCGAUAAGAAGCGAGAGAAGAACGGCGGGCGAGACUCGCGCGAGACGAUACACUCGGGUCACUUCAUGGUGUCGGACUUCGAGGCCGAGGCGCAGGAUGACGAGGACGAGCUCGCCGUACCGGUGCCGGACCAGGAGGAGGCGCAGACCACGAGAUUUCCGAUCGCCGUACCGCCGCGUUUCCCGUACGACAAAUUCACGAGCAGCGGUUCGUUUUAUGACAAGAAUACGUCUCAGCAGUUGAGCAUCGAGACGUCCUUGAACAAGCUCUUCCAAUGCAUGUCUCUCGCCUACAGACAGAAGCUGACAUCGCCUAAGUGGAAUCGCUUCAAAGGGAUCAGACUGAGGUGGAAGGACAAGAUCAGACUGAACAAUGUGAUUUGGAGAUGCUGGCACAUGCAAUUUAUACUGAAGCAGAAUACGCUGGUGUGCCAAUUUGCAUCGCCACUUGACGUCGAUACUCACAACAUACCUGAGGCGGUGGUGUUAGAGGGAAAAUACUGGAAACGAAAGCUCGCGGCCGUUACAGCGGAAUACAAGAAAUGGCGUAUGUUCUACCGCAACAAGAUCCUUGGUUGGACCAACAAGGAUGGCACAGAGAUGAUGGAAUCAAUGGACAUGCUAGAUUGGGACAAUGGAGGCGGAACCAUCGGUAAUUUUGGAACGGGUACGGGCAAUGCAUUUGGUGGAAUCGGCGGAGCUCCAGGCGGGGAGAGUAUGAUGGUCGAUGAGGAUUAUAUGGAACUGAUGACUGAUACUCUCUUUUCGACCAUCAGCUCAAAUCAACCAAUAUACUUCCCUGAUCCUCGAGAAAUCGCGCGAGGUGCCAGUUUAGCGGACUUCAUCCAACCUAGUCUAGGUCCCUUGCAACCAAAUCUGGAUGAUUUUAUGGACACUCUAGAGCCAUUGCAAGAAUUCCUAAACUCAAAAUUGCCUCCCGUACCCGAGGAGGACGAUAUGUUUCGGAAUAGCAGUCUUAGUGCUAAUUAUUCUGAUCUGGACUUGAUGACACCGAUUAAUCAGAUGAACGAAAUAGGCGAAGAUCCGACAACGUUAAAGAACCAGGCCUCGCAACAGCAGCAGCAGCAGCAGCAGCAGCAGCCACAGCAGCUGCAGCAGGAGGAACAGGCAGCUAGUAUGCAGAAUCUCCAGUAUACCGCCAAGAUAUAUACUCAGCCACAGUCUGAAGCAGCGAGUGUGUAUAGAAAUAGCGUAGCUAUGAACGAAAAUUACAACACUAUUCAGCCUACCUUCGAGACGUCCGCAGCGAGUCAACCCGCGCGGGAAAAGACUAGAGGCAGCAGGGCGACGCCGAGGAGUAGCCGCGUGAUACAGCAAUCCCAACAGCCGAAUGCGUAUCAAGCGAACGCGCAGCAACAGAAUUCGGGAUUCCCGUCGCAGUCGCAGCAGUCGUACGCGAUGGAAAUUCAGACGGUACCGUUGUCGCAGGUGCAAAGCCAACAGCCGUCACCGGUGCAAAUUGCGACGCUGAACGAUCAGUCGGCGGUCAGCGCCAACCAGAUAUCCUCGAUCGCCGCCGCGGCCGUGCAGAAUCUGGUGUCGGUGCAGCACAACUUCGCGCAGGCCAGUAACGCGACGCUGCAGACGCAGCAUCAAGCAAUUAGGCCUUUACCGACUGCCUCGCCAAUAGCCAGCAAGCCUUACAAGAUUGUACAGCCGCAGCAGCAGUGCUACAAAUUCCCAAACCUCGUACACAAUCUUAAUGCUCAACAAUGCAAAUUUAACGCUAAUAGUUUCAAGACGCAUCCCACGCCACAAGUGGUAUCAGUUUCCUCGGAGUCGCAACCGUCGCAGUCGCAGAUACUGCUGCAGUGCAGAUCCUCCGGUUUGGAUCUCACCGCACCAGCUAUGCAUCCUACCAAGCUGCUACCUCAACCAAUGACGUCCAAUGCAGAGAAGGAAGAGAUUUUCGCCGUACCUAAGUAUCAAAUUAAAGGAAGGAAUCGAUCACGAAGCAGCUCGUCUUUGGGGGCGCCCAGGAUACAUCCACCCCCGCUGGUAUCUGCAGUGAGCGAUCCGGCUCUAAAUCUAAAUAACAACGUCUUACUUGCGCAUUUACUUACGAACAAAAUAACGCAAGUGACGACAGCACAACAUAUCACGACGCCGGUGACAGUCCAAACAAUGCAGACUUCCAGCAUACAGCAGACGCAAUCGCAACCACAGGCGAUCCAACCGAUCACAACCCAACAGAUCCUCUUAAACGCGAACAGCCAAACGCACCAGUCCCAAAGUAGUCCUAGCUCGCCGAAAGACAGCAGCUCCAAUGCACACAGUCCUCAGGCAUUAAGCCUCAGCCCUUUACACAGCCCUAUGAGCAUAGGCAGCCCUUUGUCACCCAGUCGCGGAUACAUCAAGGGCGAAUCGGAAAGAGGACAGGGAUACAAGGAGCAGAGACGCGUCGGCCACAUUCACGCGGAGCAGAAGCGUAGAUACAACAUCAAAAGUGGCUUCGACAUGCUAAACAGUCUAAUACCGCAGCUAAGCCAAAACUCCAAUGCAAAACUCAGCAAAGCAGCUAUGCUGCAGAAGGGGGCGGAUUAUAUUCGACAGCUGCGAGCGGAGAGGAAUCAGUUGAAGGAGGAAAUGGAUAGCCUGAGACAUCAGAUCGAGUGCCUUAAUACGUCUAUUAGUAAUUGUCAAUCUAUGCUUCCUGCAACGGGUGCUCCAGUUUCCAGACAUAGAACCAACAAGAUGAAAGAGAUGUUUGACGAAUAUGUACGUACGCGCACGCGAGAAAACUGGAAAUUCUGGAUCUUCAGUGUAUUAUUAGAACCGUUGAUGAUAUCUUUCAACGCUUCAGUCUCGACUGCGAGUAUCGAGGACCUGUACAAGAGUACAAUAAUGUGGGUGGAACAACACUGCUCGCUUGUCGACCUCAGACCAGCUGUUCUGAACUCUCUAAAGUAUAUAUGUACUGCCACCGAUAUUUUAUCAGAUCCGGCGCGCCUACCCGAAGAAGCACUCGCGGCGGUUAAUCGGACAGAACGUCGACGAUCUGCGCAGUGACCAAACGCGCAAAUUCAUAAUGACGUGUUUGUAUAAAAAAAAAAAGUUCAAGGUUCAAAUAUGUAUGAACGGAAGGGAUGAUAGUUACCGUAUAGCUUAAGUCAGUUGAUGAGAGAGAAAAAAAAAUCGUUUAUCGGGUUAUGAUAAACGUAAACGAAGAAACAAGAGUUUAAGUGCAAUUCCUCUUUUUAUUUGCAACGUCACAUUGAAAUUGUGAAAUUUAUCAUGGCAAAUUAGAUAUAAGACGUUUUAUAUUACAAAAAUUUGAAUAAAAUAUAUACGUAUAUUAUUGUACACUUUUA